CCAGGAGCAGCUGCAGCAGUAUCAAAUGCAAAAAUGUCUGGGUCUGAAACAAAGCAACUUGUCAUGCUAAAUCUGAAUCAUGUAAGAAUCUGUGUUGCGUGAUUGCCAAAAGCUGUCCACUUUUGACCUAAUCGCGAGGCAGUUUCUCAUGCAGGAUAGGAAUGAUAGGGAUCUGGCAGAGUCUGUCAUGCUAGGCCCUGCAUUCCAGACGACAUGGAUCAUGGAAAAUAUGCAUGACAAAUCUAAAAAUCUUCCAGACCCAGACAUUUUUGCAUUUGAUAAGCAGAGCGGCUCGUCGAAAGGAGGUUGCUCUGCCAGCGGGCUGGAACAGAGUACCAUUGUCAAGCCAGAGGACCUCAUCCCAGACGAAUUUGAUGCGGACGAGGUGUAUCAAGUGCAAAAAUGUCUGGGUGUGGAAGGUGGUAAGUUGUGAUGCUGUCUUUGGAUUCCAAAAAAAUCUGUAUUGCAUGACUAGCAAAAAGAGUCCAGUUUGUGCUACAAGGGGAAGGCGUUUCUCAUGCGGAAUAAGCAUCGGGAAGCCUUCUAAAAAUCCGGGAUGCUAGGGCAUGCAUUACAGGCGUCAUUGGUCAUGCAAAAUAUGCAUGACAAACCUGGCAAUCUUCCAGACCCAAACAUAUUUGCAUUUGAUAAGGCGCCCAUGAAUAUCUGGUCGGCGAUUCUGCAGCUUCACCCCUAUCCUGAGUAAAAAUGUCCCCACACCAGAGUCAAGAUGGGAAAUCUGCUAGACAAAUCAUGCAGCUUUGGCUUCUUCGCAUGACAAAUUUGUCCUUAUAGUGUAAUCCUGCUCAGCUAGUUCAGAAGCAUCACAGAUCUCGCCUAGCGUGCUGAUUAUAGCAUCACAAAUUCCAGAACACGAAUACAAAAGGCGUCUCAUAGGUCUCCGCAUGAGAAACUUUUUUGGCAUGCAGAAUUGCAUGACAGCUAUGGGGCGAGGACGUUUUUACACGGGAUAACCCCGGGGAGGCGAUCAAGUACCUGAAAAUUCCGAUACGCAAGAAAAAAACUGUGUAAGUGUAAGUCUGUGAUGCUGGAAAUGCAAAACUGUAUACGCUUGGAAAAAUGCUGGAUGUGCGUCAUAGGCAACUUUCAUACGUUUUUUAACGUACCAGCUGGGCAUGGCAGGUUUUCCCUGCACUGCAAAACGAAUUUGUGAUGCUGUUCUUCCUACGAAGUUACACUUACACAUUUUUUUUCUUGGAUAGCCGAAGAAAUGCGAAGACUACGAAGAAUUCCGGGGCAACGACAAACGGAAAAAGUUCGCGAAAGUGACGCCGAGGCAAAUGCGGGAGCUACAGGCGGUGGAGUCA